AUGGCCUUCAGCCCCCUUCGUUCGCUCAAGCCUUCGUACAAAUUGUGGUGCUGGUCGCCUCGAUUUGUUUUCAUUCAUCUCGUUUUCUAUCCAUACGCCAACGAUCCACACGACUUAACGUUUAACCUCUGUUUUCACGAUGCAUUUUUCCAUGGCUGUUGUUCUUGCUGUCAUCGCUACUUAUGCUCUACCUGCGUUCUCCGCUCCGCUCGAGUGUGUUCAAUCUUACCUCAUGUUCUUGAUGUCUCAUCUCGUAUUAGGUUUGAGGAGCGCGCACUGACAAGGAAUGGUGUUGUUCGCCGCCAGCCCAAGCUCUUGAAGGGUUUCAAAACUCCCAAGCGGCCUCUUCCCAAAACUCCCAAGCUGCUUCCCGAACCUCCUUCAGAGCCUCUUCCCAAGCCUCUUCCUAAACCUCCUUCCGAGCCUCUCCCUGAGCCAGUUUCCAAACCACAGGCUCUUCCCGAGCCGGAUCCCGAACCUCAGCCUCAGCCUUCCAAGCCGUCGGGACCAAGUCCUUGGGAGAAUAUUGCGAACGGCGCUCAAGCCGCCGGCAGCGUCGCCGGCAUAGUAACUUCUGGUAUCGACACAAAUAUAGCUCAGCAGCAGUUGGCAUUGCAACAGCAGGAGGCCUCUCAAAUGGCGGCACAAGCAAAUGCUACUGACGUUGCAGAAGCUACGGUAUCGUCCUCCGAUAUGCCUGGUACCGUGACGGCCUCAGCUGCGCCUGAUACGACGCCGACCUCAGUUGCGCCUGAAGCUUAUGCGCAACCCAGCCAACCCGUGGCACUUCAGUCUCAGGCAGGUAUGGUUUCUGCAGUAUCGCGUCGUAAAAUGGAGGCUCGUGGAUUCGGAGGUCUCAGACUUCCAUCGCUCUCAAGUUUCAGAGAGAUAGCCAAUACUGCUGAGUCCAUGGGAAAUGUUGUCACUUUGUCCACUGGCGCAGAGCAACAGCAAUACCAAGUCAAUCCCCAGGAGCAACAGCAACAAGUUAGUAGCCAAUUCGCGACACUUCAAGCCGCUCAGCCUACGCAGCCCGCCAGUAAGAACGUCCAGCAACAACAGGCCAUCCAACAACAACAGGCCCUGCAGCAGCUGCGGAUUGGAACCACAGCUUUUGCAUCUGGAUGAUUAGUGUAUCCGCUCGUAGUGGUUGUUUGUCGUGUAAUGUAAAGAGGAAAUAUCAAGGCUUCGGGUGCGGGAGUUUAUCUUUCACCGUUGUGAUCGUGUAUAAGAUAAACCUGCAGAGGUCUCAGUUCGAAUUAUCGUCUCCAUCGAAGAGAUGGCCAUUCAGACUUGACCGUCG